AUGCAGGAAGCAAUCGUAUUAGGGUACAUGUCGUCCGAAUAUGCAAUGAAUGGCGUGUAUUCGACGAAAUCAGAUGUUUUCAGCUUUGGGAUACUGAUACUUGAGAUAGUUAGUGGCAUGAGAAGCAACGACUGCUACCAAAAAAGCACAUCCUUCAGCUUGAUUGAUCAUGAAUCAUCAGCAGAUAGACCAGCAAUGUCUGAUGUUGUUUUCAUGUUAAGCAAUGCAACACAUCUUCCAUCUCCCAGGAAGCCAUCAUUCAUCAUCCAAAGCAAAUACAAUGAUUCAAACUCAGAAGCUGCUGCAAGAGCUCUAGUUCAUUCCAACAAUCGAGUGCCAAUUACCACUAUGGAAGCACGAUAG